AUGGAUGAAUCAUCUGUCAAUGUUCACGACUUUGAACGUAUCCAAGUGCCAGAGACAGCUAUCAAACAACUUCCCCCCAAGAUCCACGAACGAAAUAUCGCUGUCAAAACAUGUCCUCCCAUCUGGACCUCAGUCAUCGCAACACUAAUCACCUUGUUCACAGACUCUACCGUGAAGCCCGCACAAUGCAACGAUAAUGCUCGAGCAGCCAUCAGAGCAUGCUUCCACGACUGUGGAACUUGGAACACAAGCCUAGGAUCCAAAUACGGUUGCGACGGCUCCCUGAUCCUCGCCCGCGAAGCCUUCACCCAAGCCGACGACAACGCCCUCCAGAACAUCUCCAACACCCUCACCGCGGUCCGAGCCCAGUACCCCUCCAUCGGCAUGGCAGACCUCAUCGUCGUCGCCUCCAGCGUCGCCAUCCGCGUCUGUCCCGGCGGUCCGACAGUGACCACCUACAUCGGCCGCAAUGAUUCCAGCAUCCUCAACCCAGCCGGCCUCCUUCCCGGCGUGAACGACACGGCAACUUCCCUCAUCACGCUGUUCAAGAAUAAGGGCUUCAGCACGAAUGACCUCGCGGCUCUGAUCGGAGCGCACUCCACGGCUCGCGCCUUCGCACAGCCCAAUAUCCAGUUUGGCGCCCCGCAGGAUAGCACGCCGGGGGCGUGGGAUAUCGAGUAUUACAAGCAGGUUGCGAGUCCGCCGGCGGGGGUGUAUAGCUUUUUGGCGGAUCGGAAUCUGGCGGCGGAUAAGACGGUGGGGUCGCCGAUGGCGGGGUUUGCGGGCAAUAAGACGAGUUGGAAUGGUGCGUUUGCGAGUGCGAUGGGAAGGUUGACGUUGUUGGGUGUGGAGGGCGGGAGUAGUUUGUUGGUGGAUUGUACGGGGUUUUUGCCGUGA